UUCACAUUCGUACGCGAUAUUGGAUACGGCACUGAAGGUACCGUCAGCCGCUGGGAGAACCGGACUGCAGGCCAAGUCGUUGCCUUGAAGGUCCCACGGACGCCGGACCGCUCCAAGGACCUGCUAGCGGAGAUUGUUGCGCUCAAAAAGGUACCUCCUCACGAGAACAUCACUAACUUUCUGACAUAUAUUCUUCAGCAUGAGCCCGUCGGUCCUGCCCUUGUCUUCGAGCUCGCACAAUGGGGAGACGUCAGCAAAUUUCGGCGUACUUUCCUGCGGUAUGUUGACAAGGUGCCGGAGAUGACGUUGUGGAAGUUCUUGGUGGAUAUGUCUCUGGCACUGGACUGGCUGCAUAACCAGAUGGGAGAGGGUCACAUUCAUGGCGAUUUGAAGCCAGAGAACAUCCUCGUCUUCUCGCCGCCAGGGUGGAAGGGUGCUCACGACAAGUUGCCCACUCUGCCUACGUUCAAGAUUAGCGACAUCGCACGUAUGAAACCGGCUAGUGCGAACAUAAAGUACCACGGGACGUACGAGUUUGGGCCUCCCUUGAAGGAACGCGAACGGAAGCAGACGCCCGCAGCAGACGUAUGGGCGAUCGGGGCCUCACUCCAGAACUUCGCGCUCGGCGUAAUGCCCGUCAAGAACAAGGACGAAUACAUCAAGGAGAAGGAGGAAGAGGGCGGCUACGUUCCUACACUGGAAGACCUGCGGACCGAGAAGUGGCGCAAGAUCAUCCCGCACCAAUACCGCCCGAUCAACAUGUCAGAGGACUAUCAGCGCUAUAAUAUGAAUAUCGAGCCCACGGCGCCUUACAGCUUCGAUCUGCAGCGGUGGUACGAAAGGCUGUAUGCAGAAGACAUCUCGAAGCGCGCCUCAUCGAAGUGGCUGGUGAAGAAGUAUGUACCGUACGCGGAAGUCAAGAUU